GACAAUCUGUCACUAUAAAACUAGUACUGCAUUUCCGUAUGCCGUCUGAACUGGCGGAUUGUUUAUUUACUUUAUUUUGAAUAACGCAAUUACCUUCGAAGUUAUCGAAAUUGUAAAUUUAUCCACCUAAUGAAAUGGCAGGUUCCAUGAUUGUAGCAGGACUGGGUUUGGCCGCACUUGGUUUCGGAGGCAGAGCGUUGAUGCGUCAAUUACCGAAUGCAGCGAGCAAAAUGCAAGAGGCACUACAGAGUUUGCCAAAGUUCGACGCGGAAUCGAUGGCCAGUUCCAAGUACUACCGCGGGGGAUUCGAUCCCAAAAUCAACAAACGAGAAGCUGCUCUCAUUCUCGGUGUUAGUCCUUCAGCAUCAAAAUUGAAGAUAAAGGAUGCACAUAAAAAGAUUAUGCUUCUGAACCACCCAGAUAGAGGAGGAUCGCCUUAUUUAGCUGCUAAGAUCAACGAAGCGAAGGAUUUUCUAGACAAUGCUAAAUGAAUCAACGUUAUGGUGUAGAGAACCACCGUCGACUCUAUGUUAUGUAAAUAUUUUUCCUUAUUUCUAAUUUAAACUAGUACAAGAAAUAUAACAAAAUAAUCAAUUUA